AUCUGACACUGAAGCCGCCUGACGAGAGAGAGAGAGACGAAAGAAAACGCAAGAUGAGAAUAUAGCGCAAACCUAAGAUAAAUAUAUUUCACAUAUGAAGAUAGUUUUCUCUUUUUGGCGUCAAGUUUACUUUGAGAAAACGUUUAAUUAAUAAUGAGUAUACAUACUUAAUAGAUUAGGCAUAAGAAAGAUUUUAUUAUUUUUGUAGCUAUUAACAGUUAUAGUUUUAAGGAAAGGACUUGUUUGAGUGGUCUGAUUCAGGACAAUCUGCUGGGAAAAAUCUAAGAACGAGUCUAGAGCGUUUUGUGUCCCGUGUUGAGAAGUCUCGCGCUUCGAGAAAUGAAACUCCAGUCAUUACCGCGUCUGCUGCCGCUCGCCCUCGCAAGUGUAUUCCUGGUGCAAAGCGGGACCAGUGACAAAGAAGUCACACCAGAGGCAUGGCUCCAGCAGUACGGGUAUCUUCCUACUGGGGAUGUUCACGCUCAAGCAAUCCGCUCUCCUGAAUCCAUGACCACUGCUAUAUCUGCCAUGCAGAAGUUUUAUGGCCUCACUGUCACCGGGACUAUGGAUCCAGCUACUCUCUCAGCCAUGAAGCGGCCAAGAUGCGGAGUUCCAGAUCAGUUUGGCUCUGAAAUGAAGAGCAACCUACGAAAGAAGCGCUAUGCCAUCCAGGGCCUAAAAUGGGACAAAAGAGAAAUCACUUUCAGUAUCCAGAACUACACUCCUAAAGUGGGCGAACAUGCCACACAUGAGGCCAUCAGGAAGGCCUUUAAGGUCUGGGAAGCCGUGACGCCACUCAAGUUCAGAGAAAUCUCAUACAGUCGAAUCAGUGGCAAAGUGGAUAAGUUUGCAGAUAUCAUGCUUUUCUUCGCGGAAGGCUAUCACGCAGACAGCUCCCCAUUUGAUGGCGAGGGAGGUUUCCUGGCCCACGCAUAUUUCCCUGGUCCCGGUAUCGGAGGUGACACCCAUUUUGAUGCAGCAGAGCCUUGGACAACAGGCAACGUUGACCAGGGAGGUAAUGAUGUCUUCUUGGUGACAGUACAUGAAUUAGGUCAUGCUCUUGGUUUGGAGCACUCAAACGAUCCCUCUGCUAUCAUGGCUCCGUUUUACCAGUGGAUGGACACUGACAACUUUGUGCUGCCUGAAGAUGACAGACAGGGGAUCCAGCAAAUAUAUGGUACUGGCUCCAGUGAGGUGCCCCAACCCCCAGCACCCCGGCCCCCGACUCGCAGACCAGACCGGCCUUCGUUUGGCCCUGACAUAUGUGAGGGACACUUCGACACCAUCACUUUUUUCAGGGGAGAGAUGUUAGUCUUCAAGGGAAAGUGGCUCUGGAGAAUACGUGAUGGUAAACUUCUGCAGGGCUAUCCCACGCCCAUUGAAGACUUCUGGAGGGGGCUGCCUCACUCUAUCAACGCAGCUUACGAACGAUCUGAUGGAAAGUUUGUUUUUUUCAAAGGGGAUAAGUACUGGGUUUUCAAAGACACCAACAUGGAGGAAGGUUAUCCAAAAACAUUUAAGGAGCUUGGCACAGGCCUACCAAGAGACAAGCUGGACGCCGCUGUUUUCUACACAGCCACCGGCAACACCUACAUCUUCAGAGGAACCAAAUAUUACCGGUUCAAUGAGAAAAGCAGAUCUGUGGAUCCAGAUUACCCCAAACCAAUCAGUUUAUGGCAAGGAGUACCAGAUUAUAUCAAAGGGACCUUCAUGAGUGAAGAUAGAGCCCACACUUACUUCUACAAAGCCAAUAAGUACUGGAAGUUUAACAAUCAGCAGCUGAAGGUGGAGCCAGGCUACCCCAAAUCAGUCCUGACUGACUGGAUGGGCUGUGAAGAAGAGGAGCCCAAGAGAAGGACUGGCACAGAUGAGGAAGUGAUCAUCAUUGAAUCAGAGGGCGGAGACAUGGGAAAAAUCGUAGCCAUUGUCGUCCCUCUCUUUCUUUUGGCCUGUGUGUUUGUCACUUUGGGGGCUCUGCUGUUCUUCCGGCGCUAUGGCACUCCUCAACGCCUCCUCUACUGUCAACGCUCUCUGCUUGAUAAGGUUUAGAGAUGAACAAGAAAGACACGGGAAGAGACAAGAAAGAGGGAUACAAGUAUUGGAAUGGAUGGAGUGAAUAUGAAUGUCAGACAGUAAAGAUUGGUUUACAGGUCUGCAAGCAGGGAGAGAUGAAAAAGUGAAGGAUGUGUAUUGUGUUUUUUUUUUCUAUUAACAUGUACUUCCUUGGCAUUAAUAAAAAAAUCCAAAAUGGAGUAGGAUAUAAGAGAGACGGACGAAAGCCCCCCUCAUCUCUUAAAUGUUUGCGGUUUAUCACUGAAAUGCACUUUUGUUCCUUCAGUCUUCUUUUCAGUUUAUAAUCCCUCCUUUAUCCUCUCUUAUAAUCUCCCUCCCCAGAACCGAACUUGACUCCAUCCAGGCGGCUGUUUGAUUGACAUGUUCUAUAUUCUAAUUGAUCCCACUUUGAUGUAUUUAAUCAAUUCAGAUUUUGCUUUUUACAUUUCUGAUCCAAUGAAAACCUCCUGCACCCCAUUACAUGCCUUCGCCAUUGCAUUAAUAGUAUGGAAGGACUAUCAUAAUUUAACUUAUGAUUGAAGAUAACUGAAGAUAUUUGCACAAAGUAUGGCUCGACUAUAGAGACCUGCUGUACGUGAAAAGUCAAAGGUUACAGGUCAAAGUUCAGGGAGAGAGAAGCAGAGCAGCUUCUGUAGUAGGCCAGUUUUAACUGCACCUAUAGAGCAGAGCUGACUGUUUCGACUCAAAAGACCAUUGUUAUUGUAAUGUGUUUGGUACAUUUUACUAUGUUUAAUUAUGUCAUUAAUGAUUGGCACUGUAAUUAUAACUAUGGUUAUUGUAAUUAUUGUUCUCUAUGUGUAAUUUUGUCUAUUUAAAACAGUCAUUUCAAGUCCUGCUGGACACAGGCAGAAUGUGACUUAUUUCAAAUUAGCUUCCGAUCGUUUAAUGUCAGGUUUAAGGGCAGAAAAAAUCAGUUUUCUAUGCAGGAACAAAUAUAGAAUUAUUUAUGAACAGUAAUGGUGCUAUGGGUUUUCUUACUUCAUACAUCAGUAUUAGACAUUUCUGAAGUUGUUUUAACAAUGAUAAUGAGAAGGAUAUUUAUAAUGCUAAUGAUAUAGUGUAAAUGUAAAGGAAUGACAUUUUUGCCUGUUUCAUACUUUUUGUACUUGUAAAAUGAAAAUGA